AUGUUUUCCAUCAGAUUAGCCGCUCUUGCAGCGGCCGCGCUCUUCUCAAUGGCCUCUGCCGACGACUCGUCGUCUUCGUCGUCCAAGAUCGUCUCCAUCCCCACACCAACCGCGACGGUCGCGGUCAGUGCCAUGUCGACCCUAGGCUGCUUUGCUACCGGCGUGCCUCUCGAGGACCACGGCAAGGGCAAAUUUGUCACUGCCGGGUCGUGCCAGCAGAUUUGUGUUCAACUCGACAAGAACGUGCUGGGUCUCUCCGAUGGUGAACGCUGCUGGUGUGGAGACAAGUUCCCGCCCAGGGACACCAAGAUCGACGACAAGAAGUGCACGAGCAUGUGCUCGGGUGACGACACCACAGUCUGCGGUGGCGCUGGAUUGCUGUGGGUAAUGACGACCGGAAACACGCGCAACGUUAUCGAAUACGCGGACCCCAUCGUUGAAUCUUCGUCCUCUCCAAGCGCUUCCAAGACGGCUUCGCCAACAAGCAGCUCGGCCCCCGAAUCCGCCGCCGCUAGCAGUGCGACAUCCGAACCAGAGAAAAAGGGCGCCAGCACGGCCGGCAUCGCAGCUGGUGUCGUCGUUGGCGUGGUCGUCCUCGCUGCUAUCAUCGGUGGUGUCUUCUUCUACCUACGGCGGCAGAAGAGGCAGGCGGUCGAGGAGGAGUACCGUCGCCAGGCGGCCGUCAACUCAUUCGUGUCGGGAGGCAAGCUCCACACGAGCAACUCGUCCAUGACGGAUUCGCGUCUGGACCCAGAAUUUAUGGCCAGGAGGCAAAGCAACGGCAGUAUUGCAGACAAUGAGGACUACUCGAGGCGGAUAUUGAAGGUUACGAACGCAUAA